AUGGCGUCAACGAGCGCCUCUUCUGUCAAAAGUGAUACUAGCGUGGCCAGUCUCAAAGAGCGAAUCUUCAACAUCAUCCAGUCCUCAAAGAAUGCUACCAGCGAAGAUGAGCUACAAAUGCAGAUGAGCAAUGUCGACAAGAGCCAACGCCUUAUGGCACUGACAAGUCUACUUGCUGAGAAGAAGAUACGCGUCUUUGCAGAUCCGCGGAAAAAUAAGCCACACUAUGAGGUGAUCGUCGAAGAUAAAAGCCUCGAUGACGUUGUUCUCGAGGUAAUCAAAGAGGCCGGUCACAAUGGCAUUUGGACGAAGGACAUUCGGUUGAAGGCGGAGAUUACCUCUUAUGUUAUCGUCAAUAAAGUGCUGAAAAAUCUUGAAAACAAAAAGCUCAUCAAGUCAGUAAAGUCCAUCUCCAAUCGAAAGCUCUACGUCCUCUACGACCUGAUACCCGAUGAAACGGUGACCGGUGGCGCCUGCUACGAGGCCGGUCUCAUUCGUGAGGAUGUUGUGAAGAACCUGAAGGCCAUCUGUAUGCAGUUUAUCUUCAAACGCUUCGAGGACUCUUACAAGCACAUGAUGAGCGUAAUCCACUCAUCGGAUGACGCCGUCAGCAACAACGACAAAGUGUACUGCUCUGCGAAGGAGGUUUUUGAGAAGGUUCAGAAGGACAUCGCUAGUCUGUCGGGUGAUAUCAAGGAGAACGACAUUGAGCACAUACUAAACAUACUGCUGUACGAGGGAAAGCUGAUGCGGCAGGAGUUUGGAAGAAGCUUAAAGUUUCGCUACAACCCCUACAAUCGCGACAAAACGGAUCUUUUCUAUGCGCCCUGUAUGGUGUGUCACCUGUAUAAGGACUGUAAGCCCGGUUCGGCGCACGUCUCACCCGAAAAUUGUCAUUACCUGUCUGUGGAGAAGUUUUAA